CGAAAAAUGGCGCACCAAUUCUUUGUUUAGAUGCGUGAAAUGGCGUGAUAAUGAUAACCACUAAUCUUAAUCUCGUUUAAUACAAGUUUCAAAUGCAGUCUCUCUUUAAUUAGUUGUAAAGUCAUAUCAAAUAUUUUUAUGAAGAUAUCUGACAAAGAAGUAAUAGAAAUGGAUAGAGUAACCCCUACUGUCAAUACAAGUAAGGAAUCGGAAGCUGAAAAUGUUGAUGCAAUAAAAAAAUAUAUGGAAGAGCAAGACAUUUUUUUAAGGUGUUCAUCUGACAAGGAUGUAGUGAAGCAAAUAAUAAAAGAUACAUAUAAAGGAGAUAAUCAAAACAGCUUAAAUUUAGAACUACACCUUACAUUGUCCAAUAAUUGUGGUAUUGCAGCAAAGGAUUGUGAGAUGAAACAACAGACCUAUAAGAUUGGUUCUGAGUCAGUGUACAGUGAAGAAACAACAAUGUCAGCAUCUCCAAACCCGUCAUCAAAUGAUUCCUUGUUAAACCUAGAGAAUGAAGAAACUCUUGCUAAUCAAGCAGCAGCACAUUUACUAUCUUUGGGCCAAAACUGUCUAAAAAUGCAUAUAAAUAUAAAACAAAAAAAGAGUUCAGAUGAAAUCAUAACCAAUGCAAAUGAAUGUACAUUCAAAUCCAAUGUAAAUAUUGAUGGCAAUAAAGAGUUGCCUGAUAAUUUAGAACUGCAUGAACAAGGUGAACAAAAUAAUGAAAAUGAUAUUGAAUUAAACAGUACAAAUAUAAGUCCAAAGAAUUCUAAUGAUGAUUUACACCUGAGCAAAGGAAAAAUACAAAAGUUAGAAAAUCAAGAUGGUAGUCAAAAGUUGCUAAACAUCUCUGAGUUAGAAAAUAAAAAUAGGUAUACAAAAGAUGAGGACUGUCAACCAUCCAACUUACUGCAGAAACUACUAACUUCCACCAAUAACUCAAGUAGUGAAAUAAACAAUUCAAUUUGCUUGGAUAAAGACACCAAAACAGUACAAGAAAAUAGAGAACAUGGUGAAGAAUCUUUGUCCAUAGCAACAAGUGUAAUGGAUAUGAUACUUAAUAAUGCUGAAGUGGCCAUGAGUAAGAAACAUUCUGGAGCUUUAUCCAAACAAUGUUUUAGUUCUGAGAAAGCCAACUCUAGCGUUUCUCUGGCGAUUGGAUCAAAAGUAGAAGCGAAAGAUUUCUGUGAGCUGUGGCAUCCUGCUCAGAUAGUAGAAGUGGACUGCGAAGAAAUGGAAGUCUUGGUACAAUAUGACAAACAACCAAAAAUGCACAAUGAAUGGAUAAGCAUAAACAGUCCAAGAUUAAGACCUAUAAGCGGUAUAGUAACAAAGCCAACAUCGCCUCCGCAUACACCCGUUUCAGAAGCGCUUACGGAACCUAAAGCAGAAGACAGAAUGAAAGUGACCUUUGCUGUAGGAGAACGAUGUUUGGCUCGAUGGAGGGACAACCGCCGAUUCAUUGCAACUGUUCAAAACGAUAUGGAAAAUGGUCAUUAUGAAGUUAUGUUCGAUGAUGGGUUUCAAUGGAAGUGCACUUUAUCGAGAAUGUACAAGCUAAAGGAAGCCAACGGGCAUCAGGAUUACCCUCGGUUUGCAGCGGGGGCCGCGCCGCCGUCCGUCGCUGUCGCCGGGCCGCUGGCCUCGACACUGGACGCGCCGCCCGCGGCCCCCGCGCCCGUCGCGCCUCCCCCCUUGUACCACACUCACCUGUUUGACCCGACCCGUGAUUACCUAGGCUCUAAAAGCGAAAGGCGUGAGAUGAAGCGAAAGCUAAACAUCAAAGAAAUAUUCAAUAUUGGACAGAAACGAAAAAAACUACCAACAGCAGACAAAGAGUCCAAAACUACGGUUACUGCCUUAAAAGAAGAAAUAAAAUAUGAAAUAAAAUGUGAACCUGGUACUUUAUCACAUGAAACUGCUCCAACAUCAGAACCUCCCUUAAAGGAAACCAUUUCUGAGAUACAAGUAAAAAGAAUUAUAGCAAAGAAGCCACCUGUUAAGAAAAAAACUCUUGGAAAGAAAAAAAUAAAAAUAAAAAACAUUGAUGGCAACUCGGUAGUUCCUUCAUCAAAUGAUAUCAACAAAGAACAAAUACCAGAAGCCGUUGCAUCUAUUAUUGGUACAGUGUGCGCCGGCGCCGACGAACCUGAAGUGGAAGUUAAAAUGGAGCCACCUGAUGAAGAAGUCAUGGAUUCUAAUGCUAAUGACAUAAAGCCUGAUGACCAGACAAACGCAUUGGACAUAUGUAAUGCAGUGGUCAAACAAGACCUCGAUGUCGUAAUGGAAGAGGAAACAAAACCGUUUGAAAUUCAGGAUGGAGUCAAGCACGAGGAAGUCAUCGGUAAAAUUAAGGAAGCGAUCACAAAGUUAGAGGAUGGCAUAAACAAAGUGGAAAAGAAAGAGAUAAAACCUGAAGUAGUUAAAGAAGAAAUAGUACCGGAAGACGUUCAGCCGGUCGUAAACCCGGUAGAAACCAACAACAACGAAAAAGAAAAGCAAAAGAAAUCAAAAAGUUCGUCGAAAGUAAAAAAAGGAAAGAAGUUGAGGUUGAUGCAAGAGAAAAAAGUUAAAAAACAAGUGGAGAAGGUGAAGUGUCAGUUGGAGGAGAUGAAAAAGCAGGUGGAGGCGAUGCGGCAGGAGAUCAUGCUGAAGACGGAGGAGCUGGCGAGCUCGCGGCGCGGCGAGUGCGCGGCGCCCGAGGCCGCGCUGCUGCCCGGCGAGUGGUGCGCGCGGUGGGUGGACGGCCAGCCCGAGGGCGCCGUCAGCGAGGCGCCCGCCAGCGGCGACUCGCCGCUCCCGCGCCGCAGCGUCAUGGUAGAGGACAAGCGGCUGCCGCCGGGCUGGACGAAACACAUGGUGCGCAGGAGCCUGGGCAACUCGGCCGGCAAAUGGGAUGUAGUUUUAGUAAGCCCGGAAAAUCGUAGACUUCACACAAAGAACGAUAUGCGGAUGUACCUAGAGAACAACCCUCAGCCGGCGCUGAAGCCCUUCGAGGCCGCUCUGAUGGACUUCGGUAUCCACCUGAAGCUGUCGCGGCGGCUUGGCUGGGUGCGCUCCUCGGCGGAGGGCGCGCCGCCGCCGCCGCCGCCCUGCCGCGACCUGCCCGCCUCCUCGCCGCUGCUCAAGCGAUCCAAACUGAGCCUCAACAAGAACCACCACAAGUUGAUGCACCACCACAAAAAGCGACCCAGGCUCAAAAUCAAACCUCUGCGGCCGCCCCCGGUUUCAGCUGCGCCUGGCUUGCAUCAGAAUCCUAAAGAAACCAAUACGUGUUCUGAGCCAAGUGUAGCAGAGGAAGCUGUUCUUGACGGCGCCAGUAUUAAAGAUGGAUUUGUUGAUGUUGGUUCGUUAAGAGUUCAAGUUAUUGCGACUCUGCUGCGAUGUCCUGCCGAAGGGUGUUUUAAGAAUUUCCGAAAUACUACGUUACUAAAAAUGCAUAUCAAACAUUACCAUAGGGAGCUCCGAAAGACCAUGGGCAACACUCCUAAGGUUCUAGAUUUAGCUUACGCCAGGACCAGGCCGAGCGAAGCGGAAAUGAAACUGUUAAAACGUGAAGCGCAACAGAGGAUCAUUAAAGUGAAGCUGCCGCGGCUCCAGAAGCGGGCGGAGGCGCCGGCGCCCGCCGCGCCCCCGGAGCCCACCGCCGUCGCCGCCGCCGCCGCCGACGCGCCGCCCGCCGAGCCCGCCGCCGCCGACGCGCCGCCCCGCCCCGUCGACUCACCCAAGCUGCGGGACGCGCUCGCCGUCAAGCCGGCCAAGCGGCCCCGCGUGUUGCUGCCCGUGCGCACUAAAGAACCGGAGCCGACGUUAGACCCCGACACUGUCGCGGCCGACCCGCCUCCGCCUCCCGUCAAACUAGAAAACGCCGAAACCGAAGACGAUCUACUCGUGCCGAAACAAGAGAUACCCGAUUGUGGCGUCUUGGACUUUGAAACCGCGAUAUCGACACACACCGUAGCGAAAAUGGUGAACGGCAGCAGGAGUAAAAGCGAGAAGAGGCGUAAGACUUUCGCUUGUAUAGGGAAACUGGCGAGCGAGGACGAGGAGUGGGCGGGUGGCUCCUCGGACACGCGCUCCAGCUACCCGAGCUGCGGCACGCCCGACUCGGCGCGCGCCGACCCCGACGACCUCGCCCCCGCCCCCGCCCCCGCCACCGCCGACCACAACCACUCCGCCGCCGCUCACCUCUACAUGUACACUGAGAACGGUGAGCGCAUCAAGCUGGUCCGCAUGAAGCGCGAGGAGAUCAUCAACUGCCACUGCGGGUUCCGCGAGGAGGACGGGCUCAUGGUGCAGUGCGAGCUGUGCCUGUGCUGGCAGCACGCGCUGUGCCACAACAUACAGCGGGAGGCCGAGGUGCCCGAGAAGUAUACGUGCAGCAUCUGCCUGAACCCGCGGCGCGGGCGGCGGCGGCAGCGGUUCAUGCACGACCAGGACCGGCUGUACGAGGGGCUGCUACCGGGCCCGGGCGGCGGGCGCGCCUGCGACGCGCUGCGCCGCGCGCACGAGCUGUCCGGCAACCUGCUGCGCAUCGAGGAUGCGCUGCACGCCGUACGCGUCAACACGCGCGUCGCACAGACAAAGAACCAUCCGAAAUUGUACCUGUGGGCCAGAGAUUGGGAAUCUGUUGAAUUAUCCUUCGCUCAAGAAAAACUCAAGUCUGAAUAUUCAGACCUGAAUGUGAUCAUCAAUAAUUUGGGAAAGGAGAACUUGCCUCUUAAGACGGAGGAUUUAAAAGAAAUGGCCUUAGAUAUGAAGACUCCUUCUUCUGACGAACUGGAGGAAAAACAUAACCCAAUGGAAAAAGAGAACCAAAUAGGAUCUCAGGCUUUACUUAACGGGUUGCUGUCGAGUCCCGGCGCGGCGUCUCUGGAGCUGCCCAUCAGUGAAUCCGAACUAGACAAGCUGGCUACAUCUCACGAGAGCAGGGCGCGGGCGCGCGCGCCGCAGCCCGAGGCCGCCAUCGAGAACACCGCGUGCCGCGCGCGCCUGCUGCGCCACAUCCAGCGCUGCCACGCGCUGCUCGACCAGCGGCUCGACUCCAUGGAGGCGCAAGUCGCAGAGCUAGAGUCGCAAGACGCGUCGCUCGAGGACGACGAGUCGCCGGAGUUCUGCCCGCGCGCCAAGCGGGCGCUGGUGAUGAUCGCGCGCGACCUGGACGCCAUGGAGGAGCUCGGCAUCGUCACCUAACACGCGCCUCUAGCGCCCCUCGCGCCGUCAGCGGCCGUCCGCGCAGGCUAGACCACAUGCACACCGCACUAGCCUAGCGGGUUACCGUUACCGCACCAGCGGUUUGCCGACAUCUAAUGAAAGGACAUUAUUCAUUUUAUAUCGUUUUCAUUUCGGUCAGUGGUUGGUUAAACGAAUCAGUGUAACGAAUUCCAAUUGGAAUAGUAUAGGAAUUAUAACGCUAAGGUGUACGUUGUUUUCCAUUAACAAUACGAGAAGAGAGACCAUGUAGAACGGGCCGAUCACCGCCGCAGCAGUGUAGCGAAGACCGGCGGUGGCGGACCCACGGAAUUAAAACCGAACGACUAUACGAGUAUUAUAAAGGUCAAAUGAUUAUGACCAAGAUUUGAUUUGCGACAAUCGGCCUUAUGGUAUUGUCGUAUUUUUAGGAAUUAGAAACGAUAAAUUGAAAUAAAUCCUGUGUAUCAAAUUCAAAGACAAAUGCUUAGCAACCAGCUGAAUUGUCGGCACUUAAUUUAACAUGUGAUUUAGUUAGUCUGUAACAGGCGCAAAAUUAACCAACAUUAGGCAUUAGUGGACAUAACACAAAGGUUACCUGUGAAUGUUAAUAAUAUAAGAAAGUUAAAUUCUGUAUCAUAAAUGUUUUCACCCAGUGGAUGAAGUGAAGUAGUUGUUAGUCGUUGCUGCAUAUUUUUGUAAAGGCCGUAGUCUGUAGUUUAUUAGUGCCUCCGCCGUUUUGCGCGGGUGCACGGAGCCGAUUGAACGCCUAUUGAAAAAUUGUAUGAGCAACGCAAACAGGCGCGGACGCGUGCGAUAGAUUUUACUUGCGAUGGUACCCGCGCACCCGCUCACCCGCGCACCCGCGCACCCGCGCACCCGCGCACCCGCGCACCCGCGCACCCGCGCACCCGCGCACCCGCGCACCCGCGCACCCGCGCACCCGCGCACCCGCGCACCCGCGCACCCGCGCACCCGCGCACCCGCGCACCCACGCACCCACGCAAUACAGCGGAGGCGAGCUAGCGACGGACGGACGGGUCCGCUCACUUGUGAGACCUUGGUCUCUGGUUGAUGCCUUACCUUACGCUAUGUAGUCACUACUACUAGUCAUGUUCUAAACAAAUGUUACUGUAUCCUCUAUUUGUAAUACAGUCAACAUCAAUAAUAGCGUAUGAAACAACGCGCCAAAAGUAUCUGCCACCCUGGAAUACUUUUCCAAAUAGAUAUAGAUAUCAAUCUUGUUAAUUGACAAUGUAGCAGAACCCAUGUAAGGUUACGGAAUAUAUAUAUGUAUAAAUGUAUAUAUAUACCUAAGGUCUGUUUUUUUAUUCCGUAGACUAAAAUGACGUUUCAUGUGUAAGACAUGAUAUUUCUUAGUACCACAUGAAAUGUCAUUUUAGUCUACGGAAUAUAAAAAAAACAGAAUAUAGUAACAUGACCAUCAUCACCAUCAUGGUGGCCUUUUGGUGAUCCAAUCUUGGAUGUAGGCCUCUUCUGUUGAAUGCAGUAACAUGAUAGACGACUUUGUAAUUUUUCCUCAGUCACCCGUUGACCACGAACGCUGUAAAGAGUUCGAAACGUCGGGAUGUAUUAUAAAUUCAAUAUACGCGAUAUAAUCCGUUUUCAUAGUUUUAUUUCAUGAUAGACGAAAUAAUUUUUCAGCUAUAGAACUGAGCUGAUGGUGUGGCUAAUAGUAGUAUGUGUGAUACGUAAGAAAAAAUACAUGAAUUUUAUAAGGCAAAAACAAAUGGGUUUAUGGUAGAUGCAAGUCAAACGAGUUGCCAAUCCACAUUGUUCAGACUGUACUGAACUGUUGCCAUAUAAAUGAGACUAAUAGCGUCCUCUUGACAAUGAUCAUAUAGUUGGUCAAACCAAUUUGUCAGUCAGUAACAACUAGGAAAAUUAUACUUAUCCCUUUCUUUUGGGUGCUAGUACUAGUGUAAGACAAAGAUAGUAUGUUUCUCUCUGUCUAUGUUUGAAAUGAGACAGACCUUUGACAAACUAUAUAUUCCUGGUCAGACUCUAGUACAUUCUAUAAAGUUUUUAAAUCGUUAAACUGACACUUGUGGGUCAUACAUACAUUUUCAAACCAAAAGUUGCCCCUCCUGUGGACAUAAGUUAACCGCUUGUGUGCAUAUAUGUAAUGAUUUUAAUACAGUUUAAUAUAAAAAGGGUACUUCUUUACACCGGUUUAAUCAGGAAAUUAAGCUUUAUAGCCUAUAACUUUAGGUAUUUCUACAGGAAAGAGGUACAUUUUCAGUAAUAAUAAUACGAAAAAAAUUACAAGCUUUUAUUUAACUCCCGAUUUUCGUAUCUAACUAUGAAACUAGGCUACAAAAUUUAGCACCAUUUCUCGGCUACUUAAUGGUUUCAUAUUAAGCUAAAAUUUGGCAUACAUUAUGAAAGAUCGAUGACAAUGUAAUAACAUCGAGCUGAUCCGUUGAUGGGAACCUUAGAUGGCCAUAGGAACUCAGUGUACGAUCGAUUUCAAUAAUAACCUAUAAGUACUCCGUACGUAUACUUACCUGGACACAAGCGGUUACUAAUUUUCUAAAGGACAGACUACUUUUUAAAGCCGUAUAUGAUCGGUAAAAAAUGAUUAAAUAACUUUAUAGAAGGUAUUAUUCGCCGAUAUUCACGAUUGACCUUGCCUCAUAGUACGUACUGUCCGCGCGCCAAUUCCGUGCAUUCGGAGGUCGAGGAAGUGGGAGGGUGUGCGCCGCCGCCGCGCCCGUACGUACAAAAUGACACUAAACUAAUCUGUCAUGGCGCCCAACAUUCCUAGCAUUCCUCAGCCGUGCAUGGAAUUCGCGCGCGGACAGUAUGUCUGAUCACUACGCUUUCUGCGCCCUAUAUCUUGAAAACGUCUCAUCUCAUGAAACAAUAUUUGGUACUUAACUUGUCGUAAAUUUUAUGCUCUACAACUCUUUCCUACAUGUAAAUAACAUCGGAGUUAUAUAAAUUUUGAUAUCCGCGAAAAACCGAUUUGUACGACAUUUGACCUUGUAUAACUGCUGACGCGCACACGAUCUAUGCGUCGAUUUUUAAGAGAACCUUUAAUACGUCAUAACGAAGGUGUAUACGAGUUUCCAGCUUAUUAUCUCUCAUUCCGAGGUUGACCCCCUUAAGCUUAAGAUGACUGGCCCAUAAUUGUUCGUCAAACUCGGGUAAAUCCAUUCGACCCUCAGCAAAUAUCUACCCUACUUAUUACUUUUUCUUAAUACCUACCAACAUCGCAUAAUCUGACAGAUGGAUUUACCCGAUGAUCCAUAUAUAUUUUUGUUAAGCUAGAUAUAGGCUAGAUACUUUUGACGCUUAGUCUGAUACGCUACUUUUGAUGGCAGUACAAUGUAACAAUGUACUCGUAGGAAACAUAAAGCGUCAAUGGGAGUCCAAGUUAAGUCUUGGACUCCCAUUGACGUCUAAUCAAUUGACUGGGGGUUUGAAACCAGUUUUAAUGAUAAAUGUUUAAUAUAUUUGAAAAGUACAAGUAUGUACAUUUCCAUAUUUUAAUUUUAUGAAAGAUCCUUUUGAUUUGUAUUUAUUGAGUUUGUGAAAUAAACAAGUGACAUUUAACUGAAUUUAGAACCUUACAUCAAUAAAUAUUGCGUAUUAUAUUGUAGUAUUUAUAGUCGUCGAGAUCAGCUGAUUUUUAGAGUUGCCCGAAAAACCCUGAGGUUCGAUUUCUGGUCUUAUUUCUUUCUUUCUUGUAAGUAUUUAAUACGACCGGAAAAAUGAAGAUUAUAUUGUUAGACAAAUAUUCUACAAAUUUGAUACAUAUGCUAAUUAUUGAUGUGAUGGUGUUUAAUGGUUUUAGAUGAAAAAUACCAGAAACAAUUUGUGCAUUUUAAUUAUUUCUAAUAACGAACUGUUUCGUUUUUAUGAGAAAUCUGACUCCGCCCGUAAACACAUGUAUUAGAAGUCAUAUUUCUCUGCAGUCUACUGAACGUAAUUAAAGAAUAAUACUAUGUGAAUGUAAUUAAGCCAUUUUAAGGCAAUAUUUAUGUCUAAGUAAUGUUAAAUUCCUUAGUCAUUAAAAAUUACUGAGUCAAUAUUAUAUUUGAUUUCCUAGCAAGGGAACACAGAGUUUUCCUUAAAGUAAUCAUGUACAGGAAAUUCAGGCUUCUAUAGGGUUAUAACUUAAUUUUCUUGCGCAUUAAAAAUAGGUAAUACACGUGUUUGUAGGUCGUGAUUUCACAGCUGUCAUUGGCCUAAUUGAAUAAACUGCCAAACGGUAGCAAGGUUUGGCUCAAUCAAACGGUAACAUUACACUAUGUGCUAUAGCGCCUACAUGACUAAAUUCGACUUAAAGACCAAGUUGAAAAUCCAACAACGCUUGUUAAAAAGCGCUACCGCCAUCGUGUGAAUAAAUACACAUGUUUCCAUUUGUGUCAUCCAAACGCUUUUUAACGCGCGUUGAAAAAGCGCUCGUGAAUAUGAGGCCUAAGAGAAAGCCACGUGUACCGCGUAAUGUACCUCUACCCUAGCCUAGGGCUAACAAAUGUGAACCCGUUCGCUGCAUAGUGCAUACACGGUACCACGCUACCACGUCCCCGACGCUGAACAUGUUGUCGUCGUUAUAGGUUUAUCCGGACUUUAUUUGACGAAACUAGAUAAUUUGUAGAUCACCUCUUUUAGUGUAAGCUUUAAUUUUAACAUGUUAAUACAAUAAUAAUAAAUAAAAUAAAAUAAAAAAGCCUUUAUGCUACCAUAAAUAUUAAUACUUCCAACAUUACAUUUAUAACUCAUUAAUUUUAUUUUAAC